GUCUGCAUAUAGCGUCUGUCUGAGCGUCACUCGUCUCGUCCAGCUCGUCUCACUUCAUCUCUUCAUCACAGGCGCCGCUGACUUGCCUCCAUCUGCAACAUGACUUCAAAAAACGUUGUUUUCAAGAAGAUCAGCAAAGACAAGUCGGUUGGCGUCUACAUGGGGAGAAGGGACUUCGUCGACCGCGUGGACUCUGUGGAUCCAGUGGAUGGCGUCAUCCUCGUUGACCCUGAGGCGCUGCAGGGCAGGAAAGUGUUCGUCACCCUGUCCUGCACCUUCCGCUACGGCAGAGAUGACAUGGACGUGAUCGGAAUCGCUUUCCGCAGAGAGCUGUACCUCACAACCCGGCAGGUGUACCCGCCUCUGCAGGACCGCGAGAAGGGGGUCCACAACAGGACCCAGGCCAAGCUGAUGCGCAAGCUGGGGGAGCACUCCUACCCGUUCUUCUUCGAGUUUCCUGACAACCUGCCCUGCUCAGUGUGUCUGCAGCCGGCGCCCCAUGACGUGGGCAAGCAAUGUGCGGUGGAGUUCGAGGUCAAAGUGUUCAGCGCCGAGAGCCAGGACGCAAAAGUGCGCAAGCGGAGCACCGUGAAGCUGCUGAUCAGAAAGGUCCAGUUCGCUCCAGAGAGCGAGGGAGACGCGCCCUGGGCGGAAACCACCAAGGACUUCCUCAUGUCGGACAAACCGCUGCACCUGAAGGCCUCUCUGGACAAAGAGGUUUAUUAUCACGGUGAAGCCAUCAGAGUCCACGUCAGCCUCAAGAACAACUCCAGCAAAAGCAUCAAGAACAUCGUGGUCUCUGUGGAUCAAGUAUCCAACGUGGUGCUGUACUCCAACGACAGCUACGUGAAGUGUGUGGCCAUCGAGGAGCACGGGGACUCGGUGUCCGCUGGGGGGAGCCUGCAGAAGGUCUUCACGCUGCUGCCCCUGCUGGUCAACAACAGGGAGAGGAGGGGCAUCGCGCUGGACGGCAAACUGAAGCACGAGGACACCAACCUGGCGUCGAGCAGCAUCAUUAAGGAGGGAGUCCUGAAGGAGGUUCUGGGGAUCAUGGUGUCCUACAGGGUCGUGGUGAAGCUCAUCGUUGGAGGGAUGGUGGGAUCAAGUGAGGUUGUUUUGGAGGUUCCCUUUAAACUGAUGCAUCCUAAACCUGAUGCAGUGAGGGAGAGUGAGAUCGAGGACGAGCUCGUCUUCCAGGAGUUCCAGCGCUCGUACCUGAAGGGCAUGACGGCCGACGACGACGACGAAGAUGCAAACGUGUCGGGCGGCGACGACGUGGCUCCUAAAGAGAAGUAGAGGCUGAGACGGACACGGCUGCCAGUCUGAACCACCGAGGCUUAAAGGGCCGUAGCUGUGAUUGAGUAGAGGUGUUAUUUUGUUCUGAUGUUACACUAAAAGGAGCUGAUUUCAUUUUAUUCCUUGAUUCAAUCUUGUAGCUGCUUCAGGUUCUUAGAUCUCUGCCUGCUCGUCUCACUUUCUGCUUCAGGUUUGUUGUAGAGACAUGACUCUGAAAUAAAGGCUGGUUGACGUCU